AUGACUGAACAGACUGCCGCUAUCCCCAAGGGCUCCAUCGUCCUCAUCACCGGCCUUACAGGCUAUAUUGCAACUCAUGUGGCACGGCAAUUCUUCGACCGCGGAUAUAAAGUGCGUGGAACGGUCCGCGACCUUUCCAAGGCCUCUUGGCUCAAAGAUGAUGUCUUCUCGGCGGAGCAUGCGGCUGGCGACCUAGAGCUUGUCCAGGUGCCAGAUCUCGGAGCCCCAAAUGCCUUUGGUGCUGCCGUCAAAGGGGUUGACGCUGUCGCUCACAUUGCAACUGUCGCAAACUUCGAUCCAGACCCGAACAAUGUCAUUCCACAGACCGUGUCUGGCGUGGUUUCGAUUUUACGCGCCGCAGCUGCAGAGCCUUCCAUAAAACAAGUAGUUUUUACGUCUACCGCUGGCACAGCCGUGAUGCCUCUCCCCGGUGCGUCGGGACACAUCGGCCGUGAUACCUGGAACGAUGCGGCUGUGCAAGCAGCGUGGGCUCCGCCGCCAUACGACGCCAGCCGCGGUCUGGUCACCUACGUGGCGAGCAAGGUGGAGGCUGAGAAGGCUGCUUGGAAAUUCAUUCAAGACGAGAAGCCCAACUUUGUGUUGAAUGUUGUGAACCCGUUCACCACGCUUGGCGCCAUGCUUCACCCUAGCCAUGAGAGGGGCACAGCCGGUUGGGUCACCGGAUUGUUCAAGGGUGAUACAACCCAAGCUAGCAUGCUGCCUUCCAUAUACUAUGUGAAUGUCAAAGACGUUGCCCUCCUCCAUGUCGCUGCCGUCCUUGACGAGGGCAUCAAGGAGGAACGUAUUCAAGCAUGGGCCGCCCCUUGCAAUUGGAAUGAUAUCUUGGCUAUCAUGCGACGUCUUUAUCCGAGCCGAAAAUUCGUCGACGAUUUCCCGGAAUCGGAGGCAAUUACUGCAACUACGGAUGAUAGUGUUGGGUUGAAACUGUUGAAGAAAUGGGCUCAUCAGGAUGGCUGGAAAAACUUGGAGGAUACGAUUCGCGAGAACCUAAGCGGCCUUCCAUAG